AUAAAAAAGUAUACAAUAAAAUAAAUAAAAAGGAAGGAAGAAGGUAACAAGACCAGCAACCACGACUGCGGUGACGGUGGCGCAGCGGCAAAACCAUUUGCCGCUGAAAGAGAGAACCAACAAACCCCCAUUCAAUUCAAUUCAAUUCUUUCUGAAUUGGGGUGGCAAUGUCGGAGGUGGCGAACAUCGAUGCGGAAGGCGUCGACGGAGUCCGCAUGACAUGGAACCUAUGGCCACGCACCAAGGUAGAAGCCAGCAAGUGCGUGAUCCCACUCGCCGCCACCAUCUCCCUCAUCCGCCCCCACCCUGACAUCCCUACGCUCCCCUACGCGCCACUCCGAUGCAAGACAUGUUCCUCCAUUCUGAACCCUUUCUCCCGCGUCGACUUCACCGCCAAGAUCUGGAUCUGCCCUUUGUGCUACAACCGCAACCAUUUUCCCCCUCACUACUCCCAAAUCUCCGAAACCAAUCUCCCCGGCGAACUCUUUUCCCAUUACACCACCGUCCAAUACAUCCUCCAAAACCCUAACGUGGCUCCGUCAAUUCAAUCUCCGGUUUUCCUCUUCCUCCUUGAUACCUGCAUGAUCCAUGAGGAGAUGGAGUUUGUUAAAUCCGCGCUACGCCAAGCGAUCGAGCUCCUUCCCGAUAAUGCCUUCGUGGGGUUCGUGUCUUUCGGGACGCAGGUUCACGUCCACGAAUUGGGGUUCUCUGAGAUGUCUAAGGUUUAUGUGUUUCGGGGGACUAAGGAGAUUCCUAAAGACCAGAUUUUGGAGCAAUUGGGCCUCAGCGGCGCUUCUGCCCGGAGACCGUAUCAGAAGGGGUUGCAGGGUGGUGAUGGUGGUGGUGGUGUCACGAGGUUCUUGCUGCCUGCUUCUGAAUGUGAAUACACUCUAAAUUCGUUAUUGGAUGAAUUGCAAACAGACCAGUGGCUUGUUCCGCCGGGCAGUCGUCCGACUCGGUGCACCGGAGUGGCAUUGAGUGUUGCAGCCGGGUUGCUUGGUGCUUGUAAUCCUGGGACUGGUGCUAGAAUCAUUGCUUUGGUUGGGGGUCCAUGCACAGAAGGACCGGGCACGAUUGUGUCAAAGGAUCUAUCUGACCCAGUGCGCUCUCAUAAAGAUCUUGACAAAGAUGCAGCACCAUACUUCAAGAAAGCAAUCAAAUUUUAUGAGGGUCUUGCGAAACAGCUGGUUAGCCAGGGUCACGUAUUAGAUCUUUUUGCAUCAGCGCUUGAUCAGGUUGGAGUUGCAGAAAUGAAAGUUGCAGUUGAAAAAACUGGAGGCCUUGUUGUCCUGUCUGAGAGUUUUGGUCAUUCAGUCUUCAAGGACUCUUUUAAGCGUGUUUUUGAGGAUGGGGAGCAAUCUCUCGGUCUUUGUUUCAAUGGAACCCUUGAGAUCAAUUGCUCCAAGGAAAUCAAAAUUCAGGGUAUAAUUGGUCCCUGCACAUCAUUGGAAAAGAAAGGGCCUUCUGUUGCUGAUACUGUGAUAGGAGAAGGAAACACUACAGCUUGGAAAAUGUGUGGCCUUGACAAGAGUACAUGCUUGACUGUGAUGUUUGAUCUUUCAUCAAGUGAUCGUUCAAACACUCCAGGUGCUGCCAAUCCACAGUUGUACCUGCAGUUCCUUACAAGUUACCAGAGCCCAGAUGGUCAAUCAGUGCUCCGGGUCACAACAGUAACUAGAAGAUGGUUAGAUGUUGCUGUUAGGUCUGAGGUAGAAUUGCUUGUAGGAUUCGACCAAGAAACUGCUGCAGUGGUAAUGGCUAGACUUGUGUCUCAGAAAAUGGAGACAGAGGAAGCAUUUGAUGCCACACGGUGGUUGGACCGAUUACUCAUUCGCCUCUGCUCUAAAUUUGGUGACUACCGCAAGGAUGAUCCGUCGUCUUUUACAUUAAACCCAGUAUUUUCAUUGUUCCCCCAAUUUAUGUUCAAUCUCCGGAGAUCUCAGUUUGUACAGGUUUUUAAUAACAGUCCAGAUGAGACUGCAUACUUCCGCAUGUUGUUAAACAGGGAAAAUAUAAGUAAUGCUGCUGUCAUGAUUCAACCAUCUCUAAUAUCAUAUUCAUUUAAUUCACUGCCUGCACCAGCACUGUUAGAUGUGGCUUCCAUUUCCGUGGACCGGAUUCUGUUGCUUGAUUCAUACUUUAGUGUGGUUAUUUUUCAUGGAAUGACAAUAGCCCAAUGGCGCAACUUGGGAUACCAGAACCGGCCAGAAUACCAGGCUUUUGCACAACUAUUACAAGCUCCACGGGACGAUGCCCAAAUCAUAAUAAGAGACCGUUUUCCUGUUCCUAGAUUGGUAGUGUGUGAUCAACAUGGUUCCCAGGCUAGAUUUUUAUUAGCAAAGCUGAAUCCCUCUGCAACAUACAACAAUGCGCAUGAGAUGGCUGCUGGUUCAGAUGUAAUCUUUACUGAUGAUGUGAGCCUUCAAGUUUUCUUUGAGCAUCUGCAGAGGCUGGCUGUCCAAUCCUGAUAGUAGUGACCGACACUGUUUGUGUUUUGGACUUUGGUUCGGAGAAUUCACCAAUGAUGUGUCCUACGUUUUGCUGUUCCAUUCAGUUAAUUUCCUUUCUUUUCCUUGUUGGUAAAGGAGAGCAGAUCGGAGCCCAUAUCAAUUGAAAGUUCUGAAACGUUAUUCUUUAUGCAAGGGUUCGAAAAGUACAUUCAGUUUGGAUAUUGCGGAAAGAAAGGAUAAUGAAAUUUAAGAGCUACAAGUGUAACAGCAGCAAGGCAAAUGUCAGAGAUAAUUUGAUCACAUUUUUUCCUACUUGUUUUGGGCUAGAUCUGAAUUUUGGGUUCCUGAUCUGGAUUAAUUUAUGUAGUAUUACUUUUUAUAUGAUCCCUAGGUUGCAAAGUAAUUAAAGCCAUUUUGUCUUGUUGAGUUUGAUACAAGUCAUACUAUCUACAAUCCUGUGUUGUAUAUGAAGUUAGCAUUAUAGGACACAUCGUGGUGAAAUGAAUACUUGAUGGCGGAUGUUUACUUCCCGUAGCGUCCCCAGUUAGCCUCAUAGUGUGAGCCCUCGUUUAUUAGAAAGAUUGUUUACUGGAUGCAGUGCGAUAGCUCCUCCUUUUGAGCCAUAUUUACGU